AAGAAGACUUUCUGUCGAUACUCUUGAUACAUUGUGCCUUACUGUCGAUACUCUCUCAACACUCAACACUCAACACUCAACUCUCCCAACCUUUAGCACUAGCUCUGUCGGCACCCUAAACGAAAUCUCAGUCUUAAAUUGAUCUCUUGCAAAUCCUCUCUCAGUCCUAAAUCUCUUACAAACCCUCCCUCAGUCCCGUCUCACACUCUGUCGCGGCCGAUUUGGGUCUAUCUCACUUAACAAAAGGAUUUCGUUUGAACCAAGGUCGAUUUCCUUCAGUAUUAUGAAGACAUUGUCACCAAAAGGCACUUGGUUUUCUGCGGACGAUUCAGACUAAGAGAACGAAGAAGGUUGGAAUAGCCGGGAAAUAUGGUAUCAUCUAAUUAAGGACUGGGGACGAACAAAAGGCAUUUUUUUAAAAACUGGGCAGGACGGACCAUUCAUUGAAGGAGCAGAUUUGGAGUUUUGAAAGUUGGGGUGAUCUUUUAUUUUUUAAUGAGGCAAAUUAGGUAUGCCCACCUGUUGGCUUUGGAUUAAUGGUUGACUGACUACGCAUAAAGAAGACUAUAUUGUUAAAGGUACAGCUCUAAUUAAAUUAUCUUUGCAUUGAAUUUUGUUCUUAUCACUGCAAUGCUUUUGUUAUUGAAUUGCUGCAUUUACAGUUUGGGGAUUACUCUAUGAUGACAACAUAAUACUUGCAGAUCAUGUUAUUUUUGGUUGCUUGCUGCUGAUAUAUUUAUGGUACUUGCAUAUCAUGUUAUUCUGUAUUUGCCUCUGUUAAUUUUAGAAGCAUUGUAAAGCAUGAAAAACAGCUAGCAAUUAUUGCUUUUUCAGUAGCCAUAUUUCAAACAUUUCCCACUUUGCAAUGAGAAAAAAUGAUUUAAAAUUUGUCUUCCUGUUUGGGUGCAUUUGCAUAUUACCAUAUGCUGAAGGUAUAUUGGAUAAAACAAAAUCUUGGAUUGGUAGCUGUUUCAGCCCAUUGCACACCGAGAUUCCCUGUUCCAGUACCUAUCAAAUUAAAAGAAACUAACAAAUUUAAGUGUGUGUUCCUGUUGAUAUAUCUGCAAUUAAGUCUGUCUUCUUGUUUUCUUUUCUGUUUGUGCAUAGUAUAAAUGGAUAGAACAUGGAUGGUUGCGGAUAGGAGAUCUCAUCAGUAUAAAUUAGGGGUGACACAGUUCUGUAAAUUUGCCUUGGAUAAUGCCAGAGACCCUAACCAUAUUCCCUGUCCUUGUACAAAUUGUGGAAAUGUUGACUACUUUUCUGCAUCUGUAAUAAGGGACCAUCUAUUUGUGAAUGGAAUUGAUCCGAGUUAUGAUAUAUGGAAUGAGCAUGGGGAGGCCAUAUCGGAUUCAGAAAUAGAGGAAUCUGCUAAUGUUGCAGUAGCAGAUUCAGAUUCACACAGCUCAUACUCUGUGAAUGGAAAUGAAAUACCUGAAUAUGAAGUAGGGUUAGGUAGUGAUGCAGAGAUGGAAAGUGAUGAGUGUAAUGAGUUUAGGCAGUUUGUCGAUGACGCCAAUAAACCAUUAUAUCCUGGUUGUGAUAGGCACACACGGUUGAAUGUUCUAGUAAGACUUUACAACUUGAAAGGCAUGGUAUGAGUGAUGUUGCUUUCUCUGAGUGGUUGAUUUCAUUUGCGGAGUUUCUUCCAGUAGGUAAUGAGAUACCUGCCUUUGUUUAUGAGGCAAAGAAGACAUUGAGUUCUCUAGGAAUGGAUUACACUAAAAUUCAUGCCUACCCAAAUGAUUGUGUUCUGUAUAGAAAAGAGUAUGCUGAUGCAAUUGAGGGCCCUACAUGUGGUACUUCAAGGUGGAAAUUAGGUAAAAACUCCAAAGAGAGGGAAGGUGUACUUGCAAAGGUAUUGUGGUACUUUCCCCCUAUUCCUAGGUUUAAGAAAAUGUUUCAGUCAAAGGAUACAUGUAAGAGUCUGACUUGGCAUGCUACUGAUAGAAAACGUGAUGGCUUGAUGCGUCAUUCGGCUGAUGCAGCUUCGUGGAAGUUGGUAGAUGAUAAAUGGCCAGACUUUGGUUCUGACCCUAGAAACCUACAACUUGCAUUGUCAUCAGAUGGGUUCAAUCCCCAUAGUUCAUUAAGUAGCAAAUACAUUUGUUGGCCUGUUAUUCUAGUCGCAUAUAAUCUGCCUCCAUGGCUCAUAAUGAAGAGGAAACACAUGUUGUUAACUCUAUUGAUUUCUGAGCCAAAACAAUCAGGAAAUGACAUCGAUGUCUACUUGGAACAUUUAAUAGACGACUUGAAGCUGUUAUGGGAAGGAGUUAGUGGUGUCUACGAUGCAAGACAAAGUGAAUACUUUACUCUUAGAGGUUUACUAUUGUGGACAAUCAACGAUUUUCCAGCUUAUGGUAACCUUUCUGGAAGUAUAGUUAAAGGGUAUAAUACAUGCCUUAUUUGCCUUGAAAAAACAAAACCAACAAGACUAGUUAAUGGAGGGAAAAUGGUUUACAUCGUGCAUUGGAGGUUUUUAGAAAGAAACCAUCCUUAUUGAAGGCAAAAGGCCGCUUUCAACAACUUUCCAGAAUAUUCUCCCUCUCCUGUUCCUUUGAGUGGAAAAGAAGUACUAGAAAGGGUGGAGCAAGAAGUUCCAAAAUGGCAUUUUGGGAAAAAAAAAAUCCCCGUCCUCCUUAUAAGGGUGGGGACAAUGAAACUAGGCCUUGCUGGAAAAAAAAGUCUAUCUUUUUUGAACUUGAAUACCGGAAGUUUCUCCCUGUUCGGCACUGCCUUGAUGUGAUGCAUAUAGAGAAAAAUGUUUGCGAUAGUCUCAUAGGAACCUUGUUGAAUAUUCCUGGAAAAACAAAGGAUGGGGUGAAAACUCGGUUGGACCUGGUAGAAAUGGGUAUUAGAUUAGGAUUAAAGCCUGAUCUCGAAGGUCCCAAGAAGGAGCGCAUGCCAAUGGCAAGCUGGAAUCUAAAGACAAGUGAAAAAAGAUGCAUGUGUGGGUCUUUUUUUGGUAUGAAGGUUCUUGAAGACUAUUCUUCUAACAUAUCAAACUUGGUUUCCAUGGAUGAUUUGAAGCUUAGUGGACUUAAAUCCCAUGAUUGUCAUGCCUUAAUGCAACAACUCCUCCCUGUUGCCAUCUGAGGUGUGCUUGAAAAGUAGGUCAGAAUUGCUGUGAUCAGAUUAUGCCUGUUUUUUAAUGAAAUCUGCAGCAAGACUAUUGAUGUGUCAAGGUUGCCAAAAAUCCAAAAUGAACUUAUUGAAACAUUGUGUGAGCUGGAAAAGUACUUUCCCCCAUCAUUUUUUGACAUAAUGGUUCAUCUAACGGUUCACCUAGUUAGAGAGGUGGAGUUAUGUGGACCGAUUUUCUUUUGAUGGAUGUAUCCCUUGGAGAGGUACAUGAAGAUUUGCAAAGGAUAUGUUCAAAAUAGAAAUCGGCUCGAAGGUUGCAUUACGGAGUGUUAUAUUGCUAAAGAGGUGGUUGAGUUUUUAGCAGAAAUUUUCAUCGACGACAAGAUUGUUGGGAUUCCAUCUGCCACUCACAAAGAGGACAAGCCUACCUCAGGUGCUACAAUUGUUAGUGUUUACGGCAAGUUAUUCGACCAAGCUCAUCUCUGUGUGCUUCAAAACACGGAUGAAUUCAUAAACUAUUUUGUCGAACACUUGGAAUACUUGAAGAGGGAGUUUCCAAAAUUAAUAAAGAAUGAAAAGUGGCUUACGGGCAAGCAAAACAAGACAUUUGCAGAUUGGUUGAAGGAGAGGGUUGCUGUUCAACUGAAUGAACUAGAUGCUAACAUCCCUGACAUUGUCAGGUGGCUUUCAGAUAAACCAAGCAAUGAAGUACUAAGGUUCAGCGGUUACCGAAUUGCAGGAGUUUAAUAUAACACAAAGAAGCACGAUGAUCUUAGAUCAACGCAAAACAGUGGUGUCUACUUGCUUGCUAAGACACCGCUGUUUGAACCUAUAUUUGGCAAGGCCCACGUAGCAAAUAGGUGGACCCAACCCGCAAGGCCUAAUGAAGGACUGCAGCUAAUGAAGGACCGCGGUCAAUUAGCCGCGGCACAUUAAAUGUUUAUUGUCAAAUUGAUAACCAAAAAUAACGUGUACAAAGGGCCGUUAUUAAAUCGGUAGAGAUUAAAUGACCCACAGGUCAUAAUGAAUGACCGCGGCACAUCAAAGAGGUUGAUUGUCAGAAGAAACGUUACCGAAGUUUGGGGCGCACAUCAAAGAGGUUGAUUGUCAGGAGAAACGUUACCGAAGUUUGGGGCAAUUAACUUGAAUGAGCAUUAGGAGGUGUUAUUGCCAAUCAUCAGUUACAAGACCUGAUUGAUUGCUCAUGAUAAAAUCAAUCAUUAAUAACGAUAUCACAAACAUGAAUACUGUUCUAUAUGUAAUCAAUGCGGUCUUAACUAUAAAGGCUAAAAUUGUUUCUUUUCCUUCAUUUAGUAGUUUAGCUUCAUUAUAAAAAGGACCAUAGGAUUCAUUGUUAGAGGACCUCGACCAAAGGCUCUACGCGAUUACACAAAUUUUAUCUCAAUAUAUUUCAACAUUUCAGCAACACUUAUC